ACAGGCCAACGACAAAUAAUUUCAUAGCCUUCCAGGUUGCUUUCAACCAAAGGUUGAACCAGUGCUUUUAAUAUAUUAAGCCGAAUACCUACGAUCGAGAGCCGUGGCCAUAGCAAAUACCGGUGCUUUUCUAGUGAUUCGCAUCUUUCCAGCUCACUAGGAUAAUCUAUGUCCUUCACAACGAGUUCAAUAUUUGGAACAGGCGGCCUGGGCGGCUUUGGCGCCUCAGCCCAGCCGUCGCAACCGCCGCAGCCGUCAAGCAUAUUCUCUCCGAGUAAUCCGACAAGUAUCUUCGGGAACCCUUCAACGACACAAGCUCCAUCAGUUAAUUCUAUCUUGGGCGGUCAGCCUCAGACUCAACAGCCUGCGCAAUCGUCAAUCCUCGGAUUGGGCCAACCUGCUCCGGGCACCGCGCAGCCCGCAAAUAUCUCUUCUCAGGCAGCGCAACCUGCCUUCUUCAACAGCUUACUGGAGCGUGGUAAAAAGCGUCCACUUUCUACUGUCACUGAAAAUGGUAAUUUUGAGGAGUUGCCUAAUCUUCAGUUGGGUCUCGAUGAUAUUCGCCGUAAGGCAAGAGGCCUCGGCACUGGGAGUCUGAGAGACGCUCAUAUACCAAGCAGCAAAGCCCAUUAUCUACUUGCAGCCUCAGGCGUUUCCCCUGGACAUGCUCUGCGUGAUCUAAAAGCUUUGGAGCCUCAAACAUCCAUUUCACUUCCGUCAAAAGAACUUGAAUCCUUUGAUCCGGACAAUCAGAAAUAUCUAAGAACCAUUCAACAGCGUGGUCGUCAGGCUAUGGUUGCAGAGAGUCUUGCCAGAGCUCAGAGGGAUUUCGACUUGUUUAUGGAAGAGAAAGUAGAUCUCGACUGGGAAGAGCAGCGCCAUAAGAUAUUCAAACACUUUGGGUUGUCCCAAAAGGAUGAGCCAGCCGAAAAUGCAGGGCCGUCAUUUGGACGUUCGACAAGGCCAUCCAAUCAGUUUGGGCCUGCGGCGACUCAUGGUGUUUCUCGAAGGAGCGUCUUCGGUCGAUCAGGCUUUGAGAAGUCAGUCAUUGGAACCCCGGGAACCGGAAAAUCGAGCCAUCAGCUUUUCGACGACCCGAUGGAGCGUACCGACGGCCCUAACACUCAGAGUCUGGACCUUCGAUUCCUUCGUGAAAAAAUGGGUUAUUAUGCGGACAAAGUUCAGUCGUUGAAUUCCGCUAGGCUCCAAGCACGUAGCUUUCCGAUCUUCCAUGAGUUUUCCGAGGUUGAAAAACACGCUGGCGGUGAUGUUCCUCAUCAGCUAUAUGAUGCGUAUAGAGCUCUGAUAAAUAUUGUCGGAGAAUCGGCUGAUAUUAGGGACGUUUCGGACCCUGGCGCGAUCAAGGAGCGUCAAUUCAUGGAGGAGUAUUUGGAUGAAGCGCCAAAGUCGCAACAAGCAAUCAACCUGAGAAAGCGAGUUGUUGAGGGCUCCAGAAAAUUUCUGGAGAAUUCAUUCUAUACUGAGAUUGAAGGCGCAAUUGCGAAAAAUCCGCGCGAAGCGCAGCUUGGUGGGAUACCGACUGUAAUCAACAAGGUUCGAGCGUAUAUACGCCUCAGGGAAUCCAGGAGAGACCUUGCGCCGGAUGGUACCGAGCUCCAAAUGGUGGGGGAUGAUUACUGCUGGAUCCUCAUAUUCUAUCUUCUGCGUUGCGGAUUCAUCACAGAAGCGGCGGAGUAUGUUGCCCGUGAUCCCGGCUUCAGGUCUUUGGAUCAUAAAUUUGUGACAUAUAUGACGACUUAUGCUCAAAACAAACGACUGCCAAGGGAUAUGCAGCAAAGAAUUAAUGGUGAGUAUCAACAACGGUCGCGCAACGCUCCAGACAACACUAUCGAUCCAUACCGAAUGGCAUGCUAUAAGAUUAUUGGGCGCUGUGACCUUGGUCGCAGGCGCCUGGAUGGUAUCAAUCAAAGCGUGGAAGAUUGGAUGUGGUUACAGUUCAGCUUAGCCAGAGAAGACGACCGAGCCGAAGAAGUUGCCGGCGAAGUCUUCGGUUUGGAAGACAUCCAGACAGAUAUCACGGAGAUAGGACAGCGAGUUUUCGGGAAGGGUCAAGAAGGGCCAGGCGGCUAUGGGACUUUCUUUCUCCUCCAGAUCCUUGGAGGAAUGUUUGAACAAGCCGUUUCCUAUCUCGGGUCCUAUGCGCCUGUCAGUGCAGUACACUUUGCUAUCGCCCUAGCGUAUUAUGGCUUAUUAAGGGUCUCCGAUUUCUACACUUCCGGAGAAGAAAUCUUGUCUUUCACCGUGAAACAAUAUCCCCAGAUCAAUUUCGGCUAUCUGCUGACUCAAUACACGAAAGAAUUUCGCACCGCUUACGUUGAAGCAGCAAUCGACUAUUUCUGCCUUCUUUGCCUCAAUGCUGAUCUUCCAGGAGCUCUGGGUAAAUCUCAAGCUUCCGUGUGCCAUGAAGCUCUGCGAGAAUACAUUCUAGAGACGAGGGAUUUUGCUAAGCUACUCGGUGAUAUCCGUUCGGAUGGUUUUAGAAUUAAAGGCCUGAUAGAGCAACGCAUUAGUUUGAUCAAAUUGGUGGAUCAGGAAGAGUUUCUGAAAACAAUCACUGUACAGGCAGCCGUUGUCGCCGAAGACAAGGGUUUGAUAACAGACUCGGUCCUCCUGUACCACCUUGCCGAAGAUUAUGAUCGUGUCAUUGAUAUCAUAAACAGGACACUGUCUGACUCCGUGGCAACUCCCCUUGGAAGCCCCACACUCAGGCUGCAGCCUCUAUGGCCUCGCACUAACCUGUCGCAGGAAUCUGGACAGGAGACGCCAAUAGAGCCAGGCACCAGCCUGAGCUUGACUGUGGUAGAAGACCCAGUCGUUCUCGCAAAGAACAUGAUCGGCCUCUACAACCAGAAUGCUCUAUAUUACCAGCGCAUCCGUCGAUCAAAUCGCGACGCAUGUGGUGUUCUGCUUCGAAUGAUGGAGGCAAAGGCUGAGGUUGAAGCAGGAAAAUGGACGGCAGCAUUAGAUACGAUCAAUGAGCUGGGCAUUCUGCCGCUUCGGGCCAAUGGCUCUGUACCUUAUAUUCGAAGCGCCGCCCAGGCUUUCUCGUCCCUUUCGUCGCUCAUUUCCGGAAAUAUCGGCCAUGUGAUCAUCUGGAGCAUUACAUGUAUCGGACGUGAGCGGGAACGACUGAACACUGGACCAUAUGAAAACGAGAUGAGGCAAGGGCUCGCUGAGGAGCUGUUGGUCAUGGCGAAGGACCUGAUGAUCUUCUCCGGCAUGGUCAAAUACAAACUACCCCCAAGAGUUUACGAGACUCUUGCUCGAGCUGGAGCGGACAUUGGCGCAUUCUAG